AUGGAAAUUAUGAGUGGGGUGUCUCAUGCUUCUUUGGUUUAUGUUGAAGGGUUGCCUGGGAUGGGUGAGGCUGUGAGGGGUGAGGAUAAGUGUCUCCUAGAUUUUGAUAAAGAUCGGAUAUUCUUAGGGCUCCCAAAAGGUACUCAUCAGUGGUCAAGCUUUCUUACCCCUGAAGAGCUAGUCCUGAUCCUACAGCGUGCUUCUAUCUCUGUUGAAGAGAUGGCUGGGUUCACAUACAACCCCUUGACGGGGCGAUGGUCUCUCUCUGAUGAUGUCACAAUCAAAAGCAAGUUGGUUAGUGAAGAAAUUCUUCUGGUUGAAGGAGUAAAGCCAGAUCACUCAGCUGUGGUUGAUCGGAUGAGAGUCAUCUGA